CCACAGAGAUGAUGAUACGCGUUAUUUGCUCCACCGUCCAUCGAGGACUUUCACUGCUUGUCAGAGGAUUGUUUUGGAAAUAAAAGUCACGGCCGUGGGAGCAGACUGCAGAUUAUCAGCCAUGAUGCCAUCCCGACCGUGAAGCGAGUCCUUCCUCCAGAGAAGAAACUGUGUUUUUUCCAGGUUGUAGCAGGAUGCAUACCACCCGCAGCCCCUCGUCUAUCCCCGCAGGUUCCCCUGGUGAUGCCCUGGACCUCAGCCUGCUGGGCUCCCAGCUCUCCGUGUCCAAGCGACCCAGCAGCGCGUCCCCGGGGAAGCACUUCUCCCGGUCCGUGUCCGUGUCUGUGGCCGCCGACGGCAGAGGGAAGCGCAACACCCUGAGCUACGGCAACACCGGGAGCUGCCGUUCCAUCAAGAACCUGAGGCGGUCCAACAGCACCACUCAGGUCAACCAGCAGGCCGGCCGUAGUUCAAGUCAGGAGCAGAGUGAGGACUACCUGACUCUGUUCGACAGCAGCUCUGAUGGGCGAAAGAAACUGGCCAGCCUCAGCAAGAGCUCCCCAGAGAGGACCACAUGGAACAUCCUGGACGACCAGCCCAGACCCAUUCCACCUCAUUCGAGCUCCCGCAGCACCGGCAGCGUGGACUCUCCCACCGGCCUGAAGAAAAAAGAGCCUGGCAUCCCACUGGCUGCCACCUUCACUGCCAACAACAGGAGCAACAAAGGAGCUGUGGGCAACUCGGUCACCACCAUUUUACACAACAACUACUCUGAGAAGCCUCUCACGCCUAAGAGCUCAAACCAGAAGCCCUCCUUCAAUAACAUCCUGAAGGCCACAGCGAACGACGAGGUGGUGCUGGAGAACAGCUCCGUCACGAAGUCUCAGAAGAACUUCUCCUCGUCGUCUUCCACCUCCAACAACAGAUCUCCGGUGUCGGCUCAGUGCUGCAGCCCAGUGCCGUCGCGGAGAAGGGAAGUGACGGAGGAGGAGGCGGAAAGGUUUAUUCAGCAGGUGAACCAAGCUGCGGUCACUAUCCAGCGCUGGUACAGGCGUCACGCCAGGAGGAAACGCGGCCAUCGCGCGGCCCUUGAACAGAUCUUUGCCAACAAAAGAAAGGAGUGGGAGGAGAGAAAAGAGGAGGAUGAACAUCUGGAGCAGCGGCGGGAGCAGCAGCAGCGGAGAGGUGAAGACAGGAAGCGCAUUCGGGAGGAGAAGGCUCGUCUCGCCCGUCUCGCUGCCAUCCAGGAGCUGCAGCAAAAGCGAGCCAGGCGAGCUGCAGAGGUGCAGCAGGGAGCAGAGUCGGAGCUGGAAAACCUGUGGCAAACGGGUGAAGCGGGGCGGAGGAAACAGCCCGAGAUUUCCGUCACCAACAAAAGCCCGAACUCGCCGAACAACAACAGUUCCCCGACGUCGCCCACCGACAACAAGGCUAAGAACACAGACUCCAAUUUAAACAUCACAGCUGACUUAGGAGAGCUGAGCUUCAGAGCCAUUUCUCCAGCGUUAUCCAGUAACAAAGGAUCUCAGUGCUCUCAGGACUUACAGCAGAGAACAUCACAGCGGGCGGCAGAGGAACUGCAGGCACCCCAACUGGAGCCUGAAAACCACAGACAAACUGGUGCAGGAGGACGGAAGAAGCUUCUGAGGAUCCCAGCGACCAACAACAGCGUCGUCUCACUGAGCAACAACAACCCAAAGUCUCCCACAGACGCCAAAACUAAGAACACAGACUUUAAUUUAAAUGUUGUGAAUGAUGGCGCGGACCUGGGGUUCAGAGCAGUUUCCCCGGUUUUUUCACCUCACAGAGGAUCUCAGUGUUCCCAGGAUCUCCUCCCACAGAGGUCGACAAGUGUGGAGGAGCAGCGUCAGGGAGGUCCUUCCAGCCGGGCUCAGUCUAAAACCACCCUCAAUGAGCUGCUGGACACCCUGAAGCUGCUGGAGGAGGAGCCGGAAAAGCUGCCGGAGCCGAGGUGCUACCGGAAGGAGAAGUACGCCUGGAUAGACGAGGACGGGGACUCUCUGACCACGGACAACCUGGAGCGCCACGGCCAGCUGAAUCACCACCCUGCGCUGCCAGACGGGGGCGCCCUGCUCUCCGAGGCCAAGCUGCAAAGCAUCAUGAGCUUCCUGGAUGAGAUGGAGAAAUCUGAGCAGGAACGGCCACGAUCGGUCACCUCUGGGUCUCAUAGAGAGGCCGUCUUGUCUGAGGAGGAGCUGGCUGGAGUUGAUCAUGCGUCGGCCACGGCAGCCGAAGUCAGCGGCUCCAUGAUGAGGAUCAAACUGGAGCUGGAGGAGAAGAAGCGCACCGUCAACAUGCUGCAGGCUGCAUUGGCUCAGCAGAGGGAGGUGACGGCGAGGCACGUGAAGGAGACAGAGAAGGAGCUGAGCAGGAACUUCCAGCUCCAGAAGGAACAGUAUGAAUCCACCAUCCAGAGGCACCUGACCUUCAUUGACCAGCUGAUCAAUGAUAAGAAGGCUCUGAGCGAGCGCUGCGAAGGUGUGGUGGCCGAGCUGAAGCAGGUGGACCAGAAGUACACCAAGAAGAUCGGGCACAUGCAGCAGCAGCAUGAAAUGGUGUGGCAAAUUCUCGGCCCCUUGUGUGAGGAGAUAAAAAAGUUAAAGGACCUGAUGAGCGCUACCGAGAAGAUCCGCAGAGAGAAAUGGAUCGAUGAGAAAACCAAGAAGAUCAAAGAGAUCACAAUUAAAGGGCUGGAGCCGGAGGUCCAGAAGCUGAUCUCAAAGCACAAGCAGGAGCUGAAGAAGCUGCGGACGUUGCACGAAGCGGAGCUGCUGCAGGCCGACGAGCGAGCUGCUCAGAGAUACGUCCGGCAGUGUGAGGAGCUGCGACAGCAGCUAGAGACGGAGAAGGAGACGCAGUGUCAGAGAGAGAGGGACCUGGCCAAGCAGAGGUAUGAGAAGCAGCUGCAGGAGGAGGAGCUGUCUCUGCAGCAGCAGAGGAGGCGUCUCUACAAGGAAGUCGCCGAUGAGAAGGAGAGGCUAGCUGAGCUGGCUGCCAGGCAGCGAGGCGAGCUGGAGGAGCUGCGGCGGCAGCUGGAGGAGAACAGCUCGCUGGCCGGUCGAGCCCUCAGGGAAGAGAUGGAUAAGAGCCGAGAGGAGCAAGAGAGGAGGCACCAGAUGGAGAUGAAGAUACUUCAGGAACGUUUGGAUGUAGAGAGGCAGACGUGGGAAGAAAACUACAAAAAGAAGGAGGAAGCCUGGAUGCUGAGCCGGGAGCGCGAGCUGAAGGAAGAGCUGCGGCGAGAACGAGACAAAGAGAUCGAGCUCGCCAUCUGGACGCUGGAGGAGGAGACGAGCAAAGACAAGGAGGAGUGUGAGCGGGCUGCAGACAACCGGGUGAAACGUCUGAGGGAGAAGUAUGACGCAGAGCUGAGGGAGAUGGAGCGCUCUGAGAGGGCAGCCGUGGAGAAACUGCAGGAGCUGAGGAAGCAGCAGGUGGAGGCGGAGGGCGAGCUGAUCCGACUGCAGGCCGCGCUCAGGCAAAAAGAACAGGAGGUCCAGGACAUCACGCAGAGCAGGGACAAGCUGGCCGAGGAGCGCCGCAGCCUGGCCGAAGUCAUACGGCAGGAGUUCGCAGACCGCUUGGUGACGACGGAGGAAGAGAACCGCGGCCUGAAAGUGGAGGUGUCGGAGGUCCGAGCGAGGCUGCGGUUGGAGGUGGAGAGGAUCACUCGGGAGAAGGAGGAGGAACUGGCUGAAGUCCACCAGCGGGUAAAGUCGGCCAUCUUGAAGAAGGAAGAAACUGUGAAUAAUCUCCGGAAGCAGUAUGAGGCUGCUCUGAAGAGGGCGGACCACCUGGAGGCUCUGUGGGAGCAGCAGAGGAAGCAGCUGUUGGAAAAGUGACUGACAGGAAUGCCUGGUCCACCCCCCCACCCCCCCCUUCAGCUGGUAGAGGUAUUUUCUACCUGCAAGACUGAACCUGUGGAACUGCAGACGGCUUAAAAAUGUGACCUACCUCACUUGUAAAAAAAAAAGUCCUGGAUUUCACUGUAAACCCCACUUUGCCCCGUCCCCCAGGCAUUAAAGCGGUAGUUGCUUCGGAGCUCCCCCACCCUCCCCAUUUAUCAGCCCAGGGGGCACCAGAUCAAAGGAGCCCACACGGACUUCCCUCACAGACACCUCCAGUCGUUACAGCCUUCCUGAGCAGGAAUGCUCGCGCUCCCUACAGAGACUGACCACAAGAAGACUUCCAGAUGUCUCCCCCGAGCCUGCUGGUGUGCAGCCACACCAAGCAGGAGUCGUUCCCUCCGAGGAUUCAGCACGAUCACGUUGGCCGGGAGCUCUUUGCCUAAAACGAGUCAAGUUCUCGGUGCACCCUUUAAUCGCUGACUCGCCCGUUUAAUCGCCGUUUCCCCCGAAGGCGAGUGCUGAUCGCAGACCUUUAAUCUCGCAGGCCUGAGUUCAGCUCGGCGUUCUUGCAACCACAGUUUGGAUCUAAUGGAACAUUGUAACGAAAUGCACUAAGACUGGUUACAGACUGAAGCUAGAAUGGCCGCAGGACAUCAGCAGAGAGAGAGCAAUGGGAUGUUUUGGGCAAACGCAAGUGAGAAAGAAUGUGUGAGGUUGGAAGAUUGCAGAGCGGAUGUGGAAAAAAGCGGAAGACAAGGAAAUGCUGGGGAUGUAGGGGAAGAAGGAAUGCCAGAGAAAGUGUGUAGAGGAUGAGGAGAGCAGAGCUGGGCCAGAGCGGCAUGGGUGGGUUGGGUCUGAGAGGGCACAGCACAUGUGACUUGAGGCAUGCUGAUCCUGCGGCUUCACUGUGACAAAAUACAACCAGCUCAACGGACCAACAGAGGCCUGAGAGUUAAAGCCGCCCCACACACCUCGGGGCAUCUGGGAGUCGGUUUGAAUUAUUCCUGAUUUCCUUCUCACAGGAAGCGUGUGUGGGACGGAUUUCAGGAAGAGUUCAUAUCCUACAGCCGUGAACGGUGGCUGCGCUGCUAUAACAGCAUGUUUUGCAGCAGGGAACUCUAAACCUGGAAGUGAAGCCUAUUAUUUAGGUCCAAUGAUAUGAGAGAGAGAGAGAGAACGGCCUGAUGGGAAAUUCCAAAAGGCGCCAUAGCUGAAUAUUUAUUCCUCUUUUUACCUUUAUUUAUUGAUGUACUUGUUGUACAAUAACACUGCAGUGUUUCUACUCCACAGAGUCAUGGUGUUAAACAUGUUAAAUGUUCUGUUUUUAUCACUUUUAUCAGGAAACAAAUUCAUGCGGCGCCUUCAUUACUUAUUAUUUUGGAGGUUUUUUAUUUUAUUUUAGGGGGAAUCUGUCGGAGCCACGUUGUGUAACAAAUGUUGCCGUUGUAUAGUAGAGGCGGGGUUUAGCUUUGUUUGUGACGGCUGAUGCAGAUCAGAACCGUGAUUGUGUUUCCCCCCUGGUGGCUGGCAGAGCGCCGCUGGUUCACGUCGGUUCCAUGCAGCUCUGCUGUGGUCAGAAACGGACAUUUCUCACAUGUGACGAAUUCCCCUACACUCCUCCUGUUGUUCCAAAUAAACAGUCCCAAAUUAUCCCAGAUGGAUUUGUUUUCCAUCCCUGUAAAUGUUUGUGUCUGAACACGGAGCUCCUGAAUGCAGCGUUCACUGUUUAAUUUUUUUUAAAUUCUGGUUUUGCUUUUGGGUUUUUUUUUUCCGCGGCGGUUGAUUUUAAAACAAAAACUGUAACUUGAACGAAGGUUGAUCUGUCUGCAAGAAGAAAAUAAAAAGCAAACCAUU